CACGUGCGCAGUCGCCUUGCCCUGCCUCGAGUCGGUCAGUGAAUGUGAGCUUGCCAGGCAGCUUUAGCAGCGGUUCUAUCUGGAUCCUCCACACAAGCUGUAACAGUUAGUCUACUAUUAAUUACAGAAACCUUUUUCUUCUUUUGGAAGACAUUUUUCAUCAUGGGCGACAAGAAAAGCCCAAGCAGGCCAAAAAGACAAGCCAAACCCACGGCAGACGACGGCUUUUGGGAUUGUAGUGUCUGCACCUUCAGAAACAGUGCCGAAGCCUUCAAAUGCAGCAUCUGUGAUGUGCGGAAGGGCACAUCGACAAGGAAGCCCAGGAUAAACUCGCAGCUGGUGGCCCAGCAGGUGGCGCAGCAGUACGCCACCCCCCCGCCCCUCAAAAAGGAAAAGAAGGAGAAGGCCGAGAGACCGGAGAAGGAGCGCACGGACGGAGAGAGGCCCGACCCGGCCCGUCCCGAGGGAGAGGGGGUGCAGCCCGACAAGGACAGGCCCGAAAAGGAGAAACCGGACAAAGAGAAAGACAUCAGCCACCCAGUCGCCAAAAAACCCAGCAGCAAAAAGACCAAACCCAAGUCAGAUUUUCAUCAGAGUCCACCCGGCAGCAUUCAGUCAGCAAAUUCAACAAUCAAGACCAACAACUCCCACAUUUCGAGACCCAAGCUGAAGAACAUCGACCGGAGCACCGCGCAGCAGCUGGCCAUAACCGUGGGCAACGUGACGGUCAUCAUCACAGACUUUAAGGAGAAGACGCGCACCUCGUCCACGUCCUCGUCCACCGUCACGUCCAGCACGGGCUCGGAACAGCAGCACCAGAGCUCGGGCUCGGAGAGCAUGGACAAGGGCUCGUCCCGCGCCUCCACCCCCAAAGGAGACCUCUCCCUGGGGCACGACGAGUCCUUCUGAGCCCCGGACGCUCGGCCCACACGCUGGGAUCCCCCAGGGAAGGGGUUGAGUGGCUCCGCCCCGUCCCACGCCCCACCCCCUCCUCCUCCUCCUCCUCCUCCUGACCCCGCCCCUCGUCCCCGCCCCUUCCCCGGCCUCGUCCCUGGAUUUGGAGGAUGCAGACAGAACACGGCUGCGCUCACGCCUCACCCACACAUCUGUCCUCACGGGACCUGCGCUCACGGGUGCGAGCAUGACGCUGGCAGGACAGCGGGGGCCUGUGGGAAUGGCGCCCCCUGGUGACACCAUGACACUUGUAUGUAUUCCAUUGUUUUAUAUGUGUAAGUGGAUGUGCGGCCUAAUCAAUUUUUUUUAUUUUGUAAAAUAUGCUGUGCAGUUUUCCACCUGCUUUUUAACAAUUCUGGCCCAUUUUCAUCCUUAUUUAUUGCUUGUUGCACCUGUACACAUUUAAAUAUUUCUUUUUGUCUUUCGUUUUAUUUCGUUCGGCUUCAUUCAACUUUUACUAAAUAGCCAGGCUUUCCUUCUUUCCUGUUGUUGUUAAAAAGUUGAAGCGGCAGAAAUCUCAAACACUGGUGCUAGAUGGGGCUAUACUGUGAAUGGGCUUCAGCUCCGGGGUGGCUGUCCACUGAGAGGGACGGAGCGCUGAGAGACCCCUCUGUCCCGCGCGGUCUGCCGGGGCAGAGCGGCCGGGCGCCACGGCCCCGCUCGCGGCGUUCACAGGGGGGUGGGUUGGACUUUAAUUUGCCGCGGAGACGGUCCGCUAACGCUGCGCUAGCCUCGUUUGCAGGCGUCAGCCUGGCGACGCGCAGGAAAGAGAACACUAAUGUCCGCGGCGGGUUCCCUCGGGUCCGCGGCCACGGGCCGCUUCACGAUCGGUGCUACAUGGGUCCUUUCAGAACAGAGGGAAAGGGAUAUCACAACGUUCGGUUCCGAACGCUAGAACAAAACCAACGGACCCGGUCCAAUUCUGAGGUGACCUGGGAGCCAAACUGCAGCCCUCGCUGCAUUGGAUUCAGUUCUUUAUUUUACCUUUAAACCGUUGGAAUUCUCUCUCCCAACUUAAAGAGUCAGUUUGCCCCUGAAGCGCGAUGGCCGAUGUACAGAUGUUUCUUUUGUGUUCUAACAGUGCUAAUGCAGCCGGACAUUUAAUGAAGAAUACUUUCAACCUGUGAUGGACAAAUGUAUUGAGACUCCAAUAUCUUAGUGAAGGUAACUAAAACGUAAUGAUUAUAACCUUAGUAACAGUACUAACGAUGAAGCGUUCUUCUCAGUGCCCAGUGCUCAGAUCGCAAACCUUGGACUGAUUUAACCAAAUAAAAACGGCUUUUUGUUCCCUAAAAUUUUAUUUUUUAUCUCCUCACUAUCUACCUUUGUCGGAAAUGGCAAGUUCUCUACAGUUCAGUUUCCUGUUAAAGUAGAGUAAGAUCAACACAUUUUGUUUUGAAUUGUACUAAACCUGUAUAAAGAAUAAAAAAUGUUUAUACAAUAUCUUAGUUUUAUUUAUUGAAGGACCAAAGGAAUUUGAUAUUGAUGAUAUGCUACAUAGACUAAUAACAAUUUUAAAAUGUUAUUAUAAAAUGUGUGAUAUAAAAUACAUUUUAAAUAAAGUCUAAUAUAAUCCAUUUAAAUGGUGUAAUUCUUGUCCACUUUAUAUAAAGAAUGCAUUCGGUUGUUUUUGUGUGUAAAGCGUACCUGGAUAUGAGAGGACCGCUCCAUGCUCGGUGUAGUCUGUGUGUGGGACGCUGGCCCAUUCUCUCAGUAGUGUGUGCGUGUGUAAUGGAGCUGCAGCUGUAGAGUGAGCUGUGAGGCGGAGCUGACCUGCGCUCAGUGACCUCAGCCCUGGGGCUCCUAUAGCCCUGUGUGUGUCAGUACAGCUGAGGAGCGCCCACACACACACACACACACACACACACACACACACACACACACGCUCACGUGCACACACACUCUCACGUGCUCACACACACACAUUCUCACAUGCACGCACACACACGCACAACCUCACGUGCACACACACUCUCACGUGCUCACACACAGACGUACACACACACCUUAUGCGUACACACACUCACAUUCACACACACGCACACACACACGCGUUCACACAGUCACGCGCACACACGCGUUCACACACACGCACGCACACACACGCACAAGCUCACGUGCACACACACAGACGUACACACACACCUUAUGCGUACACACACUCACAUUCACACACACGCACACACGCGUUCACACAGUCACGCGCACACACGCGUUCACACACACCCGCACACAUGUGCACACUUCCACACACGUACACUUCGGCCUUUUUCCUGUUGGCUUAACUGGUAAAAUAAAUAAAAAUAACGAAAUAAAAUAAUUGUUAAAAGUAUGCAAUCAGGCACUGUUAAUGAUCCAAAUCCAAAUCAUCAAUAAAUCUGGGCAGUCUCUUGCGCUGAGGGAACUGAAAUGAUGGACUGUGUUCUUCCUUUUCUUUUAUAUUUGUUUAGUUUUUCUGAGGUGAUAAAAAAUAAGAUGAACUUCCUCAGAUCGGAGGUUGGGACAGAAUCCCGUUUGCUUUCUGAAAUUCUGUGAACAGUUUUUAAAAACCUGGCACCGAUGGCAACUACACUACAGGGACACUUGAAAUGUAAUCGAGCGCAUAGCACACGGAACAUGCGCAGGGGGUGGCUGUUGACUAAAGCAUAUUAGCAAAGGCCGUUCCACCAUUUUUCAGUUGUGAAAUGAUCCAUGGCUUUGUAUAAAAUACUUAAAGCGGACAGCGCUGAUGUAUCUGAGAACCAGGAGUUAAAACGUUUUUUUUAUUUGUUGUUAAUGUACUAUUUAAACUGCAUUAAGCGACUUGUAUCAAAGUGACAGAAGAUUUAGGAUGUCUGCAUUACAUGUGAUUAGAGAAUCUUUUUUCUUUUCUUUUCGUUUAACAUGUUAUGUGAACAGAAUAAGUGCGACAUCCUGUUGAACUGCGGAUGAAAUAUCCUGUAUGGGACUAAUCAAAUACAGUGGGGCAGUGUUGAUUGAAAAAAAAAAAAAAACAUGUGAAUAUAAGAAUAUUAUUCCCAAUGGACAUGCUUGACAAUGUAUUGCAAUACAUUAAAUUCAUAUAAUUCAUAUAGCCAUCUUUUUCACUUGCCUUACCCAGUUCCAUGCAUAUUGAGUCAACUUUUGUAAAACUUAUCAAUUGUAUCUUAAAUUAUUGAAAAUUGAAUAUUUGCUGAAUAUAUGAACUUUGCUUGUAUGUAACUUGAAAUGGCACAAGAGCCAACAUUAUGAGAAUGACAAUGGAGCUGAACAGGUUUUAACACGCAAGCAGUUCUGUUCUUGUGUAUGACCAGUAACCUUAAUUUACUGUGUAAAGAUGGUUACAUUUUUUUCUUUAGCUUUGUUUGUCAGAGACCCAAAUAUAGAAUGCUUGUUCAAUUAUGGUCUAACAAUCUUGUGAAUUUUUAAUGUUAUUGUAUUAUACAAGCUCUGUUUUUAUUUUCUCUAAUACGAUGUCUUGUACAAUGCUUUUGAAGUUUUUGCUCUGUAAAAUUAUGUAGGGUCUGUUAGUACAUGAAAAGUAUAAAUAUAAAUAUAUAUUUUAUUUUAUCCCGUUUUUCUUUUUUCCCCAUUGGUCCUUUUUCCCCACUUUGCCGAAGUGUCAUUGGUGAUUUUGUGGAAUGGUCAGGUUCAUUUCCUUGUGCUCUAUGUAUUUGGGGAAUUUUAAAUGGUCACCGCUCCUUGUCUCGCUAUAUACAAUACAAUGUUGAUAUAUACAUGUUACCUGGCAUGUGCACGACUUUGUUGUUAGAGGCCACUUUAUCAUUUCUUCUGCUUCAAAUAGAAAUGUCUAUUUAUGAAUUAUGCUUGUAGUUUUUCACAAAUAAAAUGGUUACAUUUAUUUAA